GCAUGGAGUAAUACUUUUUCAAAGAACCGAGAUCUUCUCUUUCACCACAAACUGAGGACGCAGGAGGAGCCAUGGCUGUUAUCCUGGAUGCUUUGGUGCCGUAUGUGAAGAACAUGAUCACGGGCAUGGCAGAAGAAGAGGUGCGCAUGCUGCUGGGCGUCUCCGGCGAGAUCAAGAAGCUGGAAGCCAACCUGGUAUACCUGCAGGGCUACCUGGCCGAUGCAGAGAGAAGGCGCAUCACCGACAAGAGCGUGAAGGUGUGGGUGGGCAGGCUCAAGGACGCAAUGUAUGAGGCCACGGACAUCCUUGAGCUCUGUCAGCUCGAGGCCAUGGAUCAGCGACCGGAGGAGCGCAGCAGGGAUGCCUCCAACUCCAGCCGUUUCCGUUCUCUCGUGGGACAGUUGAAAAAGAAGCUGCAGGGUUUCCUCGAACCGUUUCUCUUCUGCCUGCAGAACCCCGCUUUUGCACACAAGAUUGGCGGCCGUAUCAAGAAGCUGAACGGGGACCUGGACAGCAUCCGCAAGGAUGCUGUGGCGUUCAACUUCGUCAACCUGGGUUCCUAUGAGGAACAAAGGAGGCUAACAGAUUCGGCAAAUUGCGGCAGGAUCAGGAAGACAACCCCAGGGUUUGAUGAAUCAGCCAUCGUGGGGGAUAAGAUCGAGAAAGAUACGGAGGAGUUGGUGCAGAAGCUAAUCAGCCACGGCCACAAUAGAGGCAUUGCCAAGGUGAAGGUGGUGUCUAUUGUUGGUCCGGGCGGCAUGGGCAAGAGCACCCUUGCCAAGAAGAUUUUUGCACAGGAGGCCAUCAAAGAGGAGUUCAUGACCAGGAUAUGGCUGGGUGUCACUCAACACUUCGACAAGGCGGAGCUUCUGAGAGCAGCAAUCACGCACGCCGGGGGCAAGCAUGGUGAGGAGAAAGACGAGUCCAUGCUUGAGAAGAGCCUCACCCACACCCUGUCAGCGAACAAAUUCCUGCUCGUUUUGGAUGACGUGUGGAGCGACAGAGCUUGGAAGGAGGUGUUCCAAGUACCUGUCGUUAACGCAGGUUGUAGACAACCAGGAAGCUGUGUCCUGGUAACCACAAGAAAUGAAGAUGUCGUUCUCAGGAUGGGAGCCUCCAGCAGCGACCAACUCCAUGUGAGCAAACUGGACCACGAAGAUGCCUGGAGCUUGCUCAAAAAACAGCUGCCGCAACCGCAGGAUGGCAGCGAGAGUGAUUUUGAUCAUCUAAAAGAUGUUGGAAUGAAGACUAUUGAACAUUGUGAUGGUUUACCACUUGCUAUUAAAGUGAUGGGAGGACUUUUAAGCACAAGACGACCAAGUGAACGUGAAUGGGAAAUUGUUCUGAACAAGAAUCUUGAAUGGGAAGAAUAUGGGUCACAGGAGGAACUGAACUAUUCAGUACAUUUGAGCUACGACGAUCUAUCUCCAGAGCUGAAGCAAUGCUUUCUAUACUACUCACUUUUCCCUAAGGGUUCAGAUUUCAUAGAGGAUAGAGCUAUUAGCAUGUGGAUUAGUGAAGGUUUUGUUCAACCUUAUGAGAGGUCGGAGCCAGCCCAACUAAAUCUAAAAGAAAUAGGAGCUGAGUACCACCGGGAUUUAGUCUCUAGGAACCUUUUAGAGCCCAUUGAGUCAUGUGAGAGCGGACGGGCCUAUGUCAUGCAUGAUGUUGUCCAUUCGUUUGCUCAAUUUGUGUCUAGGGAAGAAGCGCUUGUGGUUCUAAAGGAGCAAACUGACAUUGCAAUUCUUCUCUCACAUAACCAGAAAAUCCGCCGUCUAUCUAUACUUUCUGAUUCAGUAUUGGAGUGGAAUAUCCUAGAAAAGCUGGAGUCACUAAGGACAUUAGUUGUAUCCUGCAACCUUAAGUCUGGUGGUGGUUCUUCAGUUGCUAGCUUUGCUAGUUUACGGGCACUGGAUAUAAGCUUUGCAGACUGUGACUGGUUAGUUGACUAUUUGUGUGAUCUGAGGCACCUAAGAUACUUGUCAUUCACUGACACAGAUAUAUGUAGGCUGCCACAUGACAUCCAUAAGAUGAAGUUUCUUGAGCACAUUGGAGUAUUCAGAUGUGCGAAGCUAAACAAGCUUCCUGAUAGCAUUACAAAACUGGGGCGUUUGAGGUAUCUUCACUUAGAUGGGACCCAUGUUGAUGUUGUGCCAAAGGGGUUUGGUGGGUUAUCAAAUUUGUGCUCAGUUUAUGAGUUCCCAGCAAAGAUGGUUGGGGACUGGUGCACUUUAGAAGAAUUAGAGCCUCUUUCCAAUCUUAGGACUCUUAGAAUACAGGGUCUAGAAAAUGUCCCUGAUGGUUCAGUUGCUGCAAGGGCUAUGAUUAGCAACAAGAAGAAUCUUAUCUUUUUGACCUUGAUAUGCCACAAGAAUGAUGAUGCUGAUGAUGAGGUGGAGGAGGAAGGAGAACAUAUUGCGUUGCAGGGCCAGGAGCAAAUUGAGGCUGUAUUUGAUGAGCUUUGCCCUCCACUAUACUUGGAGAAUCUAUUGAUGUCAGGAUACUUUGGUCGUCGGCUACCAAACUGGUUGUGGGCGCCCACAGCGACAACCUUCAAGAGCUUGAUUGGUAUUACGCUCACGCGUAUGCAGCACUGCACCGUACUACCCAAUGGUUUGUGCAGAAUCCUCAGUUUGGAACAACUGGUGAUCGACUAUGCUCCAUCCAUCGAGCUUGUCGGGCCUGAGUUCCAAACACUUGCAAGUGGUGAUGACGGUGGUGUCAUUGUUACAAGACCAUUCCCUAAACUGAAGAUCCUGGAGCUACGUGGUAUGUCUGGAUGGAAGAAGUGGGAGUGGGAGAAGGAGCAGGGCAAAGUCAUGGCCAUGCCUGCCCUAGAUAAUCUCAGUAUCACGGGUUGCAUGCUCAGACAUCUCCCCUCAGGACUUGCUAGCAGCGACAGGUAUAACCUGAGAACACUCUACCUGAGCGAGCUCAGAAUGUUAGCAUCUCUAGAGAAUUUCCCUUCGGUUGUGGAGCUCAAGGUGCUCUACUGCCCCAAGCUCAAGAAGAUCAGCGGCUUCUCCAUGCUGCGGAAGGUAACCAUCAGUGGUUGCCCGGAGCUGGAGGUGCUGGAAGGUGUCAUGGUACUCCGUAGCAUGCUGCUGGAUGAUGAGCCAUGGGAGAUUGUCGGAACACCUGCAAGGUGUACACCCAAGGGGCAUCAAGCCGGUCCGCCGCGACAGUUCCCACAAAAUCUUACUAUUAUCAGGUAGCCCUCUGGCCUCGGAGACGGUCCAUGCUCAGAGACGAAUGAUGAUAAGACGUGCGCCAUUGUGUAACACGAGACUGUAAUUUAGGAAUGUAACAACAGACCGCAAUAUCUUCUAUUUCUUAGUUUUUUGCAAACAUAUAUAUACUACUUCUCUCAUGAAAGACUUUCUUUCGUGCACGGGACAUCCUGUGCACGUGGUUGCCCUCC